AUUAAGAUUUACGAUAAUUCAUCUCCACUUGCAGCAACUUAGAAGACGUGAUCAAUUUGUGAUAAUUAAAGAAAAUUUAAUAAUGUUUCUUUUCAGCUUGUUUUUGAUAUUUUAUUGUUAUUUUUUGUGGCUCUGGAGUGAUAGACGGCGCAUAAGCUUGUAUCGUAAGAUAGGGUCUAAAUAUCCAGCUGUUCCUUUGUUGGGACAUGGGUACCUUUACAUGGGGGACAGAGAACAAGUCCUACAAAAUUUGUUUAAGCUUGGUGAUCACGCGAUCGCUAAUGGAGGGAUCUCGACUACCUGGAUAUUGCAUCGUUUCUAUCUUGUGCUAGCAGAUGCAGUGGAUGCUGAUUAUGUUCUUCAUCACUAUAACGAGAAAGAUGAUUUGAUGGCUGUGGUCAGACUGUUAACCAGGACUUGUUCUCUCUUCGCUACAGCACCUGUAUGGCGUCCUCGCAGGAAAAUUGUGACGGCCCUGUUGUCCCACAAGAAUGUGAGUAAAUUCGAACCUGUGUUCUCCAAGGGCAGCGAGAUUCUAGUGGAACAGCUGCGGCCCCUGGCAGGGACGGAAGCAUUCUCCAUCUGGGACCAUUUCAAUGCGUACACUUUGGACGCGACUUGUAGUACAAUUUUGGGAAUAGAUUUCAAAAGUCAACUGAAUCUGGAUGAGCCUUUGAGGAAUUCCAUCAACGUCAUGUUGGACCUGGCCGGGGAAGUGGUGCUGAAGGUCUGGUACCAAGUGGAGUUCUUCAUGAAAAGGACCAGUUUUUAUAAAAUAUUUUUGAAGAACAACAAGGUUAUUAAAGAUCAUAUAGACAAGGCAAUGAAGAAACAUUCAGAUCUUGUGGUAAAAAAUAAUGAAAAGUUUGUUCUGGAUGAGGAAAAACAAUUCAGUCUCCUCCACCUGUUUUCCCAACUGAAGGAGCAGAGAGGGUUCGACGAGACCAUGCUUCAUGACGAGUCCCUGGGGCUUCUGAUGGCGUCUUCAGAUUCCACCGCCAUUGGCAUCUCUCUGGUGGCGUUGGUGCUGGCUAGGCAGCCUGAGGUGCAGGAGAAAGUUUAUCAAGAAUUGAAGGAUGUGUUCGGUGACUCCGACCGGCCUGUGACCAUAGAUGAUCUUCCCCACCUGAAGUAUUUAGAGGCCGUGAUCAAGGAGACCGAACGCCUGUACCCGCCAGCACCGCAUGUAUCCAGAAAGCCGGCAGAAGACAUGGUUUUGCCAUCAGGAGUCAAAGUGCCCAAAGGAACCAGCUUCAUCAUCAGCAUCUACGCCCUGAACAGGAACCCUAAGUACUGGGGAUCUGACGCUCAUGAGUUCAGGCCGGAGCGGUUCCUGGAUGGCAGUGUUCCAGAGUUAUCCUCGUACUUUGUUUUUGGACGCGGUCCGAGGAGAUGUCCAGGGAUCCAGUUCUCCAUGAUGUCCACUAAGACGGUGCUGGCGACGCUGCUGCGGCAGUACAAGUUGUUGCCCGCGACUCCCCCCGACGCGCCUCUGAGGUUCCUCUUCGGCAUCACCAUGAAGGAAGUCGACAAUUUCCGCGUCAAGAUCCAAGCUAGAAAUUGAAUCGUGCUGUUAUUAUUCUGCGGAAUAUAAAUAAACAUUAUCUAUGAAAUGA